GAUGCUCAUCACCCGCUGUCAACAACCAUGGGGAAGAUCACCUUCUACGAGGACCGAGACUUUCAGGGCCGCUGCUACAACUGCAUCGGGGACUGCCCCAACCUGCGGGUCUACUUCAGCCGCUGCAACUCUAUCCGAGUGGACAGUGGCUGCUGGAUGAUCUAUGAGCGCCCCAAUUACCAGGGCCACCAGUACUUCCUGCGCCGAGGCGAGUACCCCGACUAUCAGCACUGGAUGGGCCUCAGUGACUCGGUCCGAUCCUGCCGUAUAAUUCCUGAUACCAGCUCUCACAAGUUAAGGCUGUAUGAGAGAGAUGACUACCGAGGCCUUAUGUCUGAGCUCACUGACGACUGCGCCUGUGUCCCUGAACUCUUCCGUCUCCCUGAGAUCUAUUCCCUCCACGUGCUGGAGGGCUGCUGGGUCCUCUAUGAAAUGCCCAACUACCAGGGGCGGCAGUAUCUGCUGAGGCCAGGGGACUACAGGAGGUACCACGACUGGGGUGGUGCUGAUGCCAAGGUUGGCUCCUUGAGACGGGUCAUUGAUUUGCACUAAGCUGUGACUGCCUUGUAUGAUCCACACAGAAACCCAAUAAAUAUACAAAUUGUGCCCCCCGCA